AUGAAUUGUGCGGAAAACAAGACUCGUGAAAUGCUGGAAUGGGUUUUACCUGAUCUAAUGAAAACCGAUUUUAGAGACACGUCGACAAAAGUGCUUUUUUCGUUUUAUUCCUUGCUUCUUUGUGUCUUCAUCUACGUGUCGUCUGCUUGUCUGUCGUCCCUCAUCGAGAAAUACAGACAGCUGAUCCUGAGAGAGAAGGUCUUCUGGAACCUGGCCAUCGUCAGAGCCUUCUACGGCAUCUUCUUCACCGUUAUCGGAGCGUGGGGAGUAUUCGUCGCCAAACACCUCGACUGCGACAUCGUGUUUGGGAGGUCGCAGACGUCUCAUUUUGCGGUAACCAUGACAACUGGUUUCUUCGUCUUCGAAUCCUUCGCUCUAGCGCUCUUUGACGUCAUCUUCGGUUCGUUCAACUUCCUAUUGCAUCUCCAUCACUGUAUCUGUCUGAUAUACAGUUAUCUCGUGCUGAUGUCAGACGUAUCGCAUCCGAUCUUCGUCAAAGGUCUACUUCUGGAAAGCAGCACGCCAUUGUCCGCCGCCAGUUGGAUGCUGCUGAAAUGCCGAAUGGAACGAUCCUUAAUAUGGAAAAUCAAUCAGUUUGUGCUCGUUCACAUAUUCCACUGCAGAAAUAUCGUCGAGAUUUACAUAAUUUAUAUUAUUUAUCAAAACUGGCCCUAUCUGUGGAGUUCUAUGCCUCCAGCUAUUUUGAUCAUCAUCUGCAUCAUUACACCGGCCAUUGCGUGUGUGCUGACACCAUUUUGGACGUACAAGAAGACCGUGCAAAUGGUCACUCCGUAUGACUUCAACUUUGAAAAAAUCAUUCCUAAGCCAGACAUCGCCGAGCGCAACAACAAGCGUGAAUAG